AACCCUAAAUAAACCCUACUUAAUUCGACCCGACGGCUUCUCUAGUCACUUGUCUCUCUAUACUUUGGGGGCAGUUGGUGAUUUAAGAUUCUGAAGUUGUUGUAAUGGAGAUCGAUUUGGGAGCCAACGCCUUCGGUAUUGACUUCCAUCCAUCGAAGAAUCUAGUGGCUGCUGGUCUCAUCGAUGGCCACUUGCAUCUAUACCGAUACGACAAAGAUUCUUCACUUGUCAGGGAGCGUAAAGUUCGUGCCCAUAAUGAGUCUUGCAGAGCUCUUCGUUUUAUUGAUGAUGGACAAAGAAUCGUCACAGCUUCAGCAGAUUGCUCCAUUCUAGCUACCGAUGUAGAGACUGGUGCUAGUGUUGCACGUCUUGAGAAUGCUCACGAGGAUGCUGUUAACACUUUGAUAACUGUUACUGAGACAACAAUCGCUUCAGGGGAUGAUAAAGGCUGCGUUAAGAUUUGGGAUACGAGACAGCGCUCUUGCUCGCACGAGUUUAGUGUACACGAAGAUUACAUUUCUGACAUGACCUUCGCAUCUGAUUCGAUGAAGCUAGUGGCAACAAGUGGAGAUGGGACUCUGUCUGUCUGUAACGUAAGAACGAGCAAGGUCCAAUCUCAGUCGGAGUUUUCUGAAGACGAACUACUUUCUGUUGUUAUAAUGAAGAAUGGCCGUAAAGUUAUCUGUGGAACACAGAAUGGUACUCUCAUGUUGUAUUCAUGGGGAUUUUUCAAGGAUUGCAGCGAUCGGUUUGUUGAUCUAUCUCCAAAUUCCGUUGAUGCUCUAUUAAAGCUUGAUGAGGACAGAGUUAUCACUGGAUGUGAUAAUGGAAUACUUAGUCUCGUUGGAAUACUGCCCAACAAAAUCAUACAGCCAAUUGGGUCUCACGAGUUUCCUAUCGAAGAUCUCGCUCUCUCGCAUGAUAAAAGGUUUCUCGGUAGCACAGCUCAUGACAGUAUGUUGAAGUUGUGGGACCUAGAAGAAAUUCUAGAAGGUUCAAAUGGAAACGCAUCGGGAGCUGCAGGAGAUAGUGACAGCGACAACGAUGAGAUGGACUUGGACAAUGAUCCUCCCAGUCGUUCCAAAGGUACCAAGAGGAAAACAAAAAGUAAAUCAACUCCUGUGGACGAUAGAGCUAGUUUCUUCGCAGACUUGUAGUUAGAUUUUGUGUCAGAGUUGUAUGGCAAGUAUGUCAAUUUCAUACUUGAGAGUUGUCUACUUAUAUUCAGACAGUUUUGUUAAUUGACCUUAUCUUUUCUCGAUGCACUCUUUACCAUCACAAUAUUUUUUGUUCAUCACCAAUUGAACAUGUGACACUUUGUCAUGUGUUUCUUUAUCCCAUUCAGAUCAUAUACAAUUAUACAAGAUUCAAUUGAAG